CAGUAUCCAAGGCGCGUCAUUCUUCCUCCCUCUCUCCUCCUCACUCGCUUUCUGUUCCACCUUCUUCUACACGGCUGGGAUAUCGAUCGCCUGGCCAUUGUGUUGUCGCUCCGAGCCACCGUUUCCUCGCCGACUUAGCCGCAUUUCGAUGUGUUUGCUGUCGCCCGCUGCUUCCGCCACUGACCCAUGUCCGCGUGCAUCCCGCGUCCUGCCCGCGCCCCCGCUCUGUGGCCGCCGUCACAAUGUCCACUGCGCCCGUAGACUCGCUAUCCGCCCUGGAGAGCGGCCCCCAGUCCCACUACUUCCAGCUGCCCAGGAAGUUGCCUAAACGUAAGAGCCGCUUCAAACGCUCCGAUGGCAGCACCUCCUCAGACACAACGUCAAGUUUUAUCAAGCGUCAGGGGUCAGCUGAUUCCUACACCAGUAGACCGUCGGAUUCCGACCUGUCAGCAGAGGAGGACCGCGAGGCGUAUCGGCGUGAAGCCGAGCGCCAGGCACAACUUCAGCUUGACAGAGCGAAGUCCAAGCCUGUGGCGUUUGCAGUAAAGACAAAUUUGAGUUACUGUGGAGCUCUGGAUGAGGACUGCCCUGUCCAAGGAGCUGCGGUCAACUUUGAUGCCAAAGACUUCCUUCACAUCAAAGAAAAGUACAAUAAUGACUGGUGGAUUGGACGGCUGGUCAAAGAGGGAGCCGACAUUGCCUUCAUUCCUAGCCCGCUGAGACUGGAGGCAAUGAGACUCAAACAGGAGCAGAAACAGAGGAAAACUGGGGGCAACUCCUCCAGUUUGGGAGACAUGGUGACUGGGAGCUGGAGGACCACGCCGCCAUCUUCAGGUGAAGCUAAACUGAAGCAAAAACAGGAACAUGUCCCUCCAUAUGACGUGGUGCCCUCCAUGAGACCGGUGGUCCUUGUGGGACCAUCACUGAAGGGCUAUGAGGUGACAGAUAUGAUGCAGAAAGCUCUUUUUGACUUCCUGAAACACAGAUUUGAGGGAAGAAUCUCAAUCACCCGGGUCACUGCCGACCUGUCCCUAGCCAAGAGAUCCGUCCUGAAUAAAAGGCCAAUAAUGGAAAGGUCUAACACGCGAUCCAGCUUAGCGGAGGUUCAAAGUGAGAUCGAGAGAAUAUUUGAGCUCGCUAAAACCCUGCAGCUAGUGAUUUUGGAUGCGGACACCAUCAACCAUCCCGCUCAGCUGGCCAAAACCUCUCUGGCACCCAUCAUUGUCUAUGUUAAAGUCUCCUCACCUAAGGUGCUUCAGAGGCUGAUCAAGUCCAGGGGGAAGUCUCAGAGCAAACACCUGAAUGUUCAGAUGAUGGCUGCAGACAAACUCUCUCAGUGUCCCCCGGAUUUGUUUGAUGUCAUUUUGGAUGAAAACCAGCUGGAGGAUGCCUGUGAGCACUUGGCUGAAUACAUGGAAGUGUACUGGCGGGCCACUCAUCUCCCAGGGAUCAGCCCUCUUAAUCCUCUUUUAGAGCAGACUCUGAUGACCCCGCCCUCCGCCAACUCCAGCCUCCAGAACAAGAACCAGCCACAGCCCAGCGAGGCGGCGGGCUUGACGGCCGAGGAGGAGGAGGAGGCAGGCGAGGAGGCCGUCUCCCCUGUCGAGCAGGACAGCCUCAUGCCGUCAGACGAGGCCAGCGACUCACUGUCCCACGGCCAGAGGGGGAGCCCGUGUCACAGGGGCGGCGAGGAAGAGGAGGAGGAGGAAGAGUACGCCUCUCCGUGCCACGGCCGCACAUACAGGAGCGUGUACCCCGCCCACCAGGGCCACGCGGGCGCCCACAACGCCAACGAGUCGCAGGACAGGCUGCUGCAGAGUGAAGCCCAGCAGGGUCACAACCUGAGGAACAACCGCCAACGCAGUCGCCCUUGGCCUAGAGACACCUACUGAGGACCCCGACUGAGGACCCCUCCCACCAUCACCUCAAUCUGCAAGCCCAGGUCUAUUUUCAGGGCAUCAGUUAGUGAGACUGUCAACAGGGCUAAGCAUCUCUGCAACGGGACGUCUUUCAGGCAACCUUGCCUCCCGGUUUCGGACGAUUCCAAAUACAGUGGGGCAAAAAAGUAUUUAA